GGCGUUUUUGGUUUUGAACGCAAACGGAUAUUUAUCGGAUUUCAGAUUUCAAAAUCGAUUUUAAAAUCCGUUUUUAGAUAUCCGAUUUCAGAUGUGCCAAACUUAGCCAAUUCACUAGUUUGUGUUAUGAUUUGGUUUUAUUAGCUAACGACAAUCACAAACAAUUAAUUGUAGGAAGCAAGAAUACUCGUAGAUUUUCGCUUAGGACUAGCAGAAAAGUUAUGUUUACGGUUAAGAGUAAAACUUUUGCGGCGCAUUUAAAAAUCGACUUAUAUACAAUGAUUUCUUUUUACAUAUUUUUUUAGUAUUUUUUUUUGUUUUUCUGUUUGUUUUUAUUAUUUUUCAAACCAUUUACAAAAUCAAACCUAAUUACUUCAGGUUAGCGUCCAAAAAUGUAAGUUGCUCGACUUUUGAUGUUUUUAGACGACAUAUCUUUUUAGUGAUAAAUAAUCCCGCCUCAGAGAAGAGCAAUAGAUUUCCGUAAACAGCAAAUCGAAAUCGGACUUCCGAGCACGAAAUCUGACUUCCGAAAACGAAAGCACGAAUUUCGAAUCCGAUUUACAUUUGGAUACUUAUGGUAUUAGAUCGCUAGCGUUUUGGUUCGGUUAGAUUUCUGAAAUCGGAUUUUCUUGUUGAGAAAUCGUUCGGUAUCGAUUUGUGUUUGAAAUCGGAUUUUGGAUUCGUUUUGAUAUAUCGGACGCAUGCCUACACAGAGUGUCACCGCUGUGUCGUCACUAGUGAGUAUGUAAGUCAGGUCUUCUACGUAGGUCAGUGUUAUAGAUACAUACCGAAUCAUCGUCAGGAAUGCCGAGAGAAGUCAGCAAUUCAUCGUGGGCAUUAUCAGUAGCGCCAAGAGCCAAUAAGGCUAACUGAUAAGGGUCCUAUGGGGACUUUAAAUAAUGUGGACUGUAAUUAUAGUAAACUGGUAUAUUUAUACAAGACAGUUAGACAACAUAUUAUGAACGCGGUUGGGCCCGUGCGAUGCUGUGCGAGGUGCGUGAGCAAGUCUCUGCCGCCGCGGCCGCUCGUCCCCGUGGUCGUGGUUCCUCCUCCCGCACGUCUCCUCCCGUGCGUAAGACUGGUCGGCGACAUGCUCCCCGGGUUGAAGGCUGCUGAUGAAGGCUUCAAGGUUCUGGAAGGGGACAGAUGUUAUUAAAUGCCCUCCGAAUGGUGCCUCGUUUGGUCUUCAACUCGGCGACUCUGACGAUACCAUCACUCCCAGGGUAGACAUUUAUGACUCUUCCCAAAGACCACAGAAGAGGUGGAAGAGUACUGUCCUUGAUAAUAACAAGAGAGCCACGUUUCAGCUCCUUAUGACCAGUGCGCCAUUUCAGUUUCUGCUGCAACUGGUUGACAUAUUCUAAUGCGAAGCGGCGCCAGAAAUGCUGCUUAAUAUGUUCGAUCUUUGAAUCGAUCGAGGCGAGUGAUGUUGUCGUCGAUGACUUGUGGAUGUGGUAUGGAUACCAGUGGCCGUCCAAUUAAAAAAUGAGCAGGAGUAAGCGGGGCUAGGUCUGAAGGAUCAGAGGAUAGUUGGGUUAAGGGACGUGAAUUUAGAAUGGCCUCAACUUGAGUGAGGCAAGUUAACAUUUCCUCGUAAGUAAGAUGCGUAGUAUCUAAGAGCCGCUUUAGGUGAAAUUUUGUAGAACGAACAGCUGACUCGGCUAAGCCGUUAAAGUGGGGAGUGUACGCUGGAACAAAUUUGAAUUCAAUGCCCUCCUGAGCAACUAAACCCUCAAGAUCAGAGUGUACUAAAAAUUUUGAAAGUUCGUUAUAAGUCCCUAUAAAAUUGGUUCCAUUAUCGGAUGUGAUACUUUGAGGCUUGCCACGCCGCGACACAAAACGAUUUAAAGCGGCUAAGUACGCUUCACUAGAUAGAGCCGUAACGAGCUCGAGAUGUAUGGCUUUGGUCGAGUUGCAAACAAAAAUUGCUAAAAAUGACUUUAUUAGUUUGCAACCUCUCCCUUUCCUAUCGGCUAUCAGCACUGGUCCAGCGUAGUCGACACUACAAUGUAAGAAGGGAAAUUCUAAUUCGGUGCGAGAUGAUGGUAAUUGUCCCAUCAUAGGCUGGAUUGUUUUUGCCUUGUACCUACAACACCGAACACAUUUAUUUACACAUUUUUUAGAUAAGUUGCGGCCACCCAAAGGCCAAUAAUUUUGUCUAAUAUUUGCAAGUAAAAGUUGGGGGCCUGCAUGAAAGUACUUUUUGUGGAAAUAUUCGAAAAGAAUAACAGUAAAAUGGUGUUUACUGCAAAGUAAAAUGGGAUGUUUUACAUCAUAACUGUAAGGGGAAUUAUUGAGCCUACCACCAACUCGAAUGAUACCGUUGUGGUCUAGGAAUGGAGACAAAGAAAGAAGGCGGUUUUUGCUAGGUAAGGACUUAUGCGUUUUAAGAAUGGCAUACUCAUCUGGGAACAUUUCUAUUUGUGAUUUAAGAAUGAUUAAAUUUAAUGACUUUUGAAGCUCCUCUACCGAAAUAUGAUCUAUUAAUUUAUUAUUUUUAUUUUUACAAUUAUUUAUAAAUCUCAACAAGUAUGCCAUUGAACGUUGUAAUGAUUGAAAAUUAGAUUUUUUAUGAAUGAAGCAACUAACUACGUCAUCAACGCUGCUACUUGAAUCUACAAAGCCACUAACUACAUAAGCAUUAGGUUGAUUAUUGCGCGCUACUGAAGAAAUCAACUCAGGUAGAUCCUGUUUCUCGUUAGGCAUUUUAGGCCAAUGUGUUUGAUCGCGUAAUAAGAAGGUGGGGCCUAACCACCACAGGUACAACUGCUGAUAAGGUCAGCCUUCAGCCCGCGAGAAACAAGAUCCGCUGGAUUGUCCGCCGACGGUACGUAACUCCACGUGUGACCCUCGGUGCUCUCCUGUAUCUCAUGAACACGGUUUCUGACGAAACUUUUGAGUUCACUAGGCGGAGUCUUUAACCAUCCAAGAACUAUGGUAGAGUCACACCAAAAUCUACAUUUUCCUAUGGGUAUGGUUAGAGAAGCUAAUACCUUUGUACACAGUCUUGCUGCUAAUAAAGCCGCUGACAGUUCCAGUCGCGGAGUUGUAAGAGGCUUAAUAGGAGUGACUCUAUUUUUUGACGUGAGUAGAUGGACUUUUAUUGCUCCAAGUUCGUCAAUUGAGCGAACGUAUAUACAUGCCCCAUAUGCUCGUUCUGAAGCGUCUGAGAAGACGUGAACUUCGUAUGAGGUAGAGGCGUUCAUAAGAACCCAACGAGGAAUCUUUAGUUUAUUUAAAAAGGGCAGUGUAUUUGCAAAGGUUAACCACAAAUGUUUUAUUUCUUGAGAAACUUCUUGGUCCCAUGUGAUUUGUUCAAUCCACAAUCUUUGCAUAAUUAUUUUAGCUUCGAUGAUGCAUGGACCUACUAGACCCAAUGGGUCAAAUAUUUGACUAAUAACAGAAAGUAUGUGUCGUUUAGUUAUUUUAUCAUUUGUUUUAAUAUUUAUGGAAAACGUUAAUAAAUCAGAAUCGCAUAUCCAAUUAAGACCAAGAGUUUUAUUAGGAGAAUAUAAAUCAAUAUCUGAUAAAUUCAACACAUUAUUUGAAUUAGAGGAAGAUGGGGAAAUUUGGUCAAUUAUUGAUUGAUUAUUAGAUUUAAAUUUUCUGAGAUGAAAUUUUGCACUUUCUAACGUAGCUAUGACUCCUUUGCAAAUUCUUACCGUGCUUUCUAUUGAGGACGAGCCUCCUAAAUAAUCAUCGACGUAGAAGUCUCUUUGAAUGGCUUCUUUGACGUCGUCAUCAUUUGCACUUGAUGCGAGACUUACCAAGCACUUGGUUGCUAAAUAAGGGGCACAUGCUGUCCCGUAACUAACCGUGUUAAGAGUGUAGGUUUUUAAUGGUUGUUUAGCAUCGGUGCGAAAAAUUAUUUGUUGAAGGGGACGCUGGGCAGGGUUGAGCUCAAUCGCCCUGUACAUUUUCUCAAUGUCGCCUGUUACGACAUACUUAUGCUGACGAAAACGUAUUAAUAUAGAAAAAAGCUCUUCUUGUACAGUUGGGCCAACCAUCAAUAUGUUAUUAAGAGAUAAGCCAGAAGUGGUGGUGGCCGAAGCAUCAAAGACUGUACGUAGUUUUGUGGUCGUGCUUGACUCACGUAAGACGCCAUGAUGUGGCAAAAAAUAAUUAGGCUGUUGAAGACAGCUAGCUGAAGUCUCCUUAUUUUCGGUCAUGUGCCCCAAGUGCUCAUAUUCGAGCAUGAAAUCGGUAUACAUAUCCUUAAAAACGGGAUAUUUAUUAAAUUUACGCUCUAAGGAUAAGAAGCGACAUUUGGCCUGUUGAAAUGAAUCGCCUAAGACUGAAGGAUUUUCUUUCAGUGGCAUAGUGACAACAAAACGACCAUCGUCUUUACGAAUAGUAUUUAAGUGAAAGCUUUGCUCACAGGCACGCUCUUCGGGGGAUAAGGAGUGCUUUGCUGCUACAGUAUCUAAUUCCCAGAAACGAGUUAAGUCUGGGUUGGGUUCCUCGUUUAAAAAAUGACAAACGGAAGAAUAAGAAGAGUGCUUAAGGCGACCAACACGGCCAGACACUAACCAACCCAGUUUCGUUUCAUAUAACUUGGGUUGAUUUUUACCCAAGUUAAUAUGAUUAUGGCCUAAAAUUGACCAAAAAACUUCUGCCCCUACUAAUAAGUCUAUACCUGAAGGUAUAUAAAAGUUGGGAUCAGCAAGAUGUAUUCCUUUAGGAAGAGGAAUAUUUUCUAUGUUGAUAAAGGUAGACGGUAGACAUUUUGUAAUCUCAGGCAGUAUAAGACAAUCUACAGUUAGUUUAAAGUCGUCAUGAAUAGACAUUAUGGUAAGACUGCAAGACUGUGUACAUUGAGAAGUAUGUUGAUUGAUACCUGUCACCGUGGAGUACGCAUCGCGACGCGACACACCCAGCUUACCGCACAAGGAUUGCGUCACUAUGUUCGCGGUGCUCCCGUUGUCGAGCAGAAGGCGCGCGGAGUGCGCGGCACCCUGGCCGUCGAGCACCCUCACGACCGCUGUGGACAGUAACACAUUCGAAGGAGUAGUAAACUGUCUCGAAAUAUUGGAAUGAUUUGAGAAGUGGUUGAUGCUAUUGACUGGCAUUGGAGGCACAGAAGUAGGUUCUGGUUCAUGAAUAUGUAAAAGUGUAUUAUGUCUCUCUUUACAGUACCUACAAGGGACAAGACUACAUUUAUUUUCAAUAUGUCCAGGUCGAAGACAAUUAAGGCAUACUUUUGUUUCUUUGGCUUUUUGAAUUCUAUCUUCAAUAGAAAGUGACCUGAAUUUUUCGCAAUUAAAUAAAUAAUGACUUUCUUGGCAAAGUAUACAUUUGAAAGACUUGGAAUUGUAAGUAUUUUGUUUAGAUCGUAAAUUUUUAUUAUUGUAAAUAUUUUGUUUAUAAUUAUUAUUGUAAGUACUUUUUUUAUUAUUAUUUGGUGUGUCUAUAAGAAAAUUUGAAUUUUGUUUGUAAAUAUCUCUUUGUGUUUUGCCUUUUUCUUGUAUAGUCUCCAAUAAGUCUGCUCUGUUACUUAGAAAUUUAAUAAAUAUAUUUAAUGAAGGUGGAUCUGUUAGUGUAUUUCGGUGUUCUUCCCAGACUCUUUGUGUAACACAAUCUAAUUUUUCCGACAUCAUAUGUAUAACUAAUGUGUCCCAAUAUUCAGUAGGUUGAUCUAAUGAAGCUAAUGCACGUAAGUUUUUAUUGGUAACAUCUAUAAGAUUACGUAUCAAUAUAAACGAUUCCUUUUGCAUCCGUUCAACAUUAAAUAAAGCUUGAACGUGAUUGUUAACAAGUAGCCUCUUAUUGUCGUAUCUGCUGCAUAACAAUUUCCAUGCAGCUUCGUAAUUAUCGGCUUUAAAGUCUAAAUUAUCAAUGACUAGCAGAGCGCUGCCUUUAAGAGACGCGUGAAGAUAAUGCAACUUAUUUAUGUUAUCCAUAUCCUGUCUUGAAUGGAUUAAUGAAUCAAAAGUAUCUCUAAACCUAAGCCAAUGCUGAUAGUGACCAUGGAAAACGGGCAAGUCAAUUUUUGGCAACCGAACACAACUGAAUUUAGGUGCACUCGCCUGUACAUCCUGAUAACUCGAGACGGAACUACCCGGAAGGUCGCGCUGGUUGUGACGUGGGCCGAGUAGACCGCGAGCCGCCGCAACCAGCGUGUGGAAUUGCUCUUCGAAUUGUUCACGUUCUUGGAGUUCAUCGGCGGGAUUCUCCGAAAGCAUCUCAAUCUCCAUCUGUAAAUCGUCAAAAAGAGGGUAGAUUGCUUCAAACUUGUUAAAGCGACUUUCCAGAUCUAAAUAUUGAUCUCGGCUUAGGUCAGAUGAUCGUUUAAGCAAAGCAAUGUAAUUUUUAAAAAUGGUUAAUUUUGAUUUUAGGCUGCUACGCUUUUUUAUAAGUUUUUCUCGUUCCUUUGUAUCGGCCAUACUAACUGAUGUUUAAUAUAAGAAAAUCUGAAGAUAAAAUGUGCAAAAACAAAUACUACUGUUAACAACUCCAAAAAAAUUGCAAGAAUCGAAACAAAAGAAUGCGCCGGGCGCCGAGCGAUAAGAAACAAAAGAACAGGUGUGCGGCUGCCGGCCGAUGCGCUGGCGCUGCGCGUCUAUAGUUUUUAUAAUUAUGUUUAUAAGCUACGUUAAUAGUGUUUAUUGAAUGGAAUAUUUAUAUUUUGUGAAUGUAAGAAACGAAAGAAGAAAUAAUAUGAUGCACUCAGUAAAUUGGACUAUUUUGAAUUUAAUAGCAAUAAGAAAGGAAUAUUAUGGAAUGUAAAUAAGGAAUAAUUGGAACGGACUCACAAAUACCCAAACCGUCUCCUUUUCUUCGGGAAACGUAGUCCUUUCGCCUCAAAACUUCGACGGGUUCAAAGUCCAACCUGCGUACCGUCUUCUAAAUUGCAAAAUUUUCUGAAGCUUGCGUGGUUGCGUUGCGUCGAUUCUUCGUAAGGAUAAGACCGUAGAUAGGCUCCUAAAGAAAUCUCGCUGCUGAAGACCGCACUGAAGAGCUUCUUGAAAAUUUUCGUACGACGACCGUCUAAUUUUCUGUCUUGCAACCGAGAAGGACCAAUGAUAAGGGUCCUAUGGGGACUUUAAAUAAUGUGGACUGUAAUUAUAGUAAACUGGUAUAUUUAUACAAGACAGUUAGACAACAUAUUAUGAACGCGGUUGGGCCCGUGCGAUGCUGUGCGAGGUGCGUGAGCAAGUCUCUGCCGCCGCGGCCGCUCGUCCCCGUGGUCGUGGUUCCUCCUCCCGCACGUCUCCUCCCGUGCGUAAGACUGGUCGGCGACACUAACACAAACUCAGCCGACAAUGGUGAGCACACUACGCUCUUACUUUUGUCCAGUUCCUAAAAACAGUAUUUAUUUAAAUUAAAGUUACAUGUUUAAAUACCUAUAUUUAUUGCAAAGACAGUAUGUAUGUUCCCAUAUAAUAUCUAAAAAACAUUGUUACUAAAAAUAUCAUUUGAAAUAAAGGGUACUUAGUAGGUAAAAGAGGGUAUUCUUAAAUCAGACAAGGUGAUUUUGUUAGUAUUCUUUUCUUUAUAUUAAUUAUUUAUUAAAAUUAGUGUUAAAGAAAAAAUAUUUUUUAUCAUGUUCGUUCUCAAUACUUACGUUGACGAACUUUGCGGCGAAUUUUGCAAUGUCUGCAGAUAAUGCUAUAGCAUCCAUGUUUGCCCUGUAUUUAUUUGAAUCACUAGUACAACUCAUCACUUAUAAAAACGGUACUGAAACAAAUAAUGCGUUUUCAUAGUAAAUAAACCUUACUGUUUUCCCACGCUCAACAGGCGCUAGUUGUUUACAAACAAACUAAUGCGAAAUUAUGACAUCAUUCAUUACCAAAAUGAUAUCAGGACAACGACCCGCAAUCGCUCUUGCUGCGAUCUGUUUAAAGACUGGCUCACCCACCAAAACAAGCCUGCAUCAAAACAUGUGCGUGUGUUUAUAUAGGUAGUAGUCUCAAGGCUACAUAGAACCAAAUAAACAUAACAGCGCAGCAAAAGUUUGUUUUCAAAAUAGCUAAUAAUUUGAGUCUUGACAUAAUAAUAGCUUUUCGUAGAUUUCAUUCCUUUGAAGGGUGUGACUUCUACUUAUUAUUUGCAUACAAAAGGAAAAAAAUCAUGCUUCAAAACAUAGCUAUCACACCCUGAAAUUAACCCGGUUUGAAAGAAAUAUCGCACCCAUUACCAAGUCUUCCUAAAGGAUUAUAAUAGCUACGUUGAAAAUGUUUAUUUGUCCUACUAUUAGUCCUAUGAUCGAACUGCUUAGAAAAAAAACCCACCCUGUCACUGAUUUCGAUGAUCGAACAGUUAAGACAUAAAUAUAUAGAUUACGAUAUUCUUAUGUACCUAUGACUUCCCUCUCCAACACAUAGUUACAUAAUCAUAGUUUCUUCGGUUAGCUAAAGUUAAUGUACAGUUAUAGUUAUAUUCUGGUAAUUUUGAAUUUGUUUACUUUAGGAAUUUUGUGAAAAAUUACAUUGAUCUACAAAUUCAUCCACAAUCCCAGAGUGGUUACCUACAUACAAGCGAUUUCGAGCAAGUAACGAUACACAUUAUGUUGAACUUGACAUUGACCUUAAGCUUAUUUAAAUGCCUCCGUCGCGUCGCAUAGAAAAUAGGGUCUAAUGAAACAAAUGAUUAAUGCUAUACGUCAAGAUUCUGAAGACAUUUCUCGUAAAUUUAUUAAGGCUAAAAAUCAUAAGAAAUGCCAAUAAAUCUAUUGUGAUAACUUAAUCGUUAUAGUUUUUCUAUUCAUCUACAUGUUUUGAUUGUCUUUUGUAACUAAAAGAAUUGUAAAUGAAUAAAAAUAUAUUUAUUUUUAUAUUUAUCUUAAAGAAUCAUGCCAGUCCAUUUCUAUAUUUUUGAAUUUUCAUUUUGUUAGCUUACAAUACCAAACUUUUUUAGAUAAUAAUUAUAAUUUCUGAUAUUAAUUAGGUAUAAGAAAUCAAAAUCAUGUACAUUUCUAUGUACUAAAAUGACUUUUGUCCGUCACCAAAUUCGUGUUUACUGAUGUUAUUUUUAGUUUUCCGUGGAGGAUACAUUCAACUCAAGUUCUUAGAAUUCUACGACCGACGCAGGGGAUUUUUUCAAACUGGCCGAAGGCGGUUCAAUGUCACCUUGAGACUACCAUAUAAAUAGGUACAAGUGAUGUUUUGAUGCAGUUUUUUUUCUAUCGGUGAGCCAGUCUUUAAACAGAUCGCAUUAAGAGCGCGCGGGUCGUUGUCCUGUUAUCAUUUUGUACUAUUUCUCUUAGGGAAUCUAAUAUGGCAGACAUGGAUGAUAAAGCAUUAUCUUUAGUAAUUGCAAGAUUCUCCGCAAAGUUUUUAAACGAACUUGACAAAAGUAAGAGCGUAGUGGCCUCACCAUUGUCGGCCGAGUUUGUGUUAGCUUUAUUGGCUCUAGGCGCUACUGAUAAAGCACACGAUGAAUUGUUGACUUCUCUCGGCAUUCCUGACGAUGAUAUGAUACGCUCGUCAUUUUCGCAAGUUUUAUCCAAGUUUAAAACAAUCAAAGGUGUGACAUUGGAUGUGGCCAAUACGGUGUAUGUGAUGGAAGGCGGUUAUGACCUACAGCCACAAUUGAAGGAAGAUGCAGUGAAUGUUUUCGAUGCAGCAUUUGAAAAGGUUGACUUCUGUAACUCAGCCCAUGCUGCAAACCUCAUUAACACUGGGGUUGAAGAGAAGACUAACAAGCGUAUUAAAGAUGUCAUUUCAGCUCACGCUUUGGAUUGUCACACUAGAAUGGUUCUUAUUAAUGCUAUAUACUUCAAGGGCUCUUGGAGGAAGAAGUUCCAUAAACGUAAAACUUUUGAUGAGGCCUUCUACGUCACUCCUACCACAACUGUUAAUGUGCCUAUGAUGCACAGAAUAAAAUAUUUCGGAUACGGCAUUAAUAAGGAGUUGAAAGCCCAGCUGUUAGAAAUACCGUACGUAGAGAAUGAAGCCAGUAUGCUUAUCGUUCUACCCGAAGAAAAGGAUGCGCUUGAUUCUGUGCUUCAGAAGCUGGCCGAUGGUUUUGAUCUUCUAGAAGCAUCGCGCAAGCUACCAUACGAUUCAGUUGAAGUCAUCAUUCCAAAGUUCAAAAUUGAAACAGAAAUCGAUUUAAACGUACUGCUGCCUAAAAUUGGCAUCUCGCAGAUUUUUGACAAGGAUAACUCUGGCUUGACUAAAAUAUUGAAUACCGAAAAAGAAACUUUAUACGUGUCAAAGGGCAUUCAAAAGGCUUUUAUCGAAGUCAAUGAGGAGGGUGCUAAGGCAACCGCGUCUACUUUUAUGCCCAUGGAGAGACCUUGUUCGGUUCGGCGGACGCCUGUUUUUCGAGCUGACCAUCCAUUUUUGGCAGUGAUCCUUGCCAACAAUACUUCAGUCUUCUUUGCUGUUUAUCGAAGCCCAUGAAGUAUCAAAUUAUAAUAAUUCAUUACAAAUUGCUACCUACGUUUUAACUGAGUCUUAAGAUUGCAUGCAACUUUUAAUGUAUUGUAUAAUAUGAUAGGUAAUAUUGUUUUGCCAUCUUAUCCUGUUGCUCUCUAGGAAACUAAGAAACACAUGUCAAGGAAGUUUCAAUGGGUUUUUUUUUCUCCGCCGCUUGACUCGUUCCAAAGAACAUUUUUACGAGAAGACAACAUUUAAAGUUUUGUAAAAAUGUGCAGUUGCCGAUUAUUUUUCUGUAUCGUAAAUCUUAGAUACGUAAAGGUGUACUCGAAUUAAAGUGAAUAAUAAGUCCAUAGGCUGAUUUUAAGAGUCACGCUGACUGUCUGCGGGAACUCGUUUUAGCAUCGUGCCGAACGUCGCCGACUGAGACAGACGGGGCGGGGGCGCAACAAUGAAUCGCGAUAUUGAUAUUGGGCGUGUGGGAGUUUGGCUGCGAAAAUGUUUAUGGGACGCGCCAGUGACAUAUUAUAUAAAAAUAAAGACGCACGAUUGAAUGAAGGCCUGGAACGACAUCAUAAUCACACUGUUUAAGUAGAUGAACUUGAAGUCUUUUUCUUCGUCGAUGUUGAAGUCUUUUAUUUUUCCAUAAAAAAUACAUGGCAGCAACUCAAACACUCAUUUGAUUGGGCAUAUCUGUACUCCACGACGCGACGGUCAGAGCUUAGUAGAAAAGGUACAUGUCUAACUAUAAAUAUAAAUAUACCUUUGUAAUUUCUUAUACCUAUAUUAUUAGAAAAAAC